UGCAGGGGCAUUUUUUUUCCACUCGAUUAUCUCCACUCAAGUUUCGUCUGUCAGCUUCAAGAAUAGAGCGACCCAAGAAAAGUCACCGACAAUGGCAUUAGUGUCGACGAGUGCGAGCCUUCGGGAUGUGUAACGAAGCGAAUAAAGCACACUGAAGCUGUGUGAGUUCCAACAAUGCGCUUCAAAGGGAAGAGGGCAGUGGUUUGAAGUCCUGCUCGCUUUUCUUCGCUGCUCCUGCUAGCCAGGGCUGGGUCCCGUUACCGCUGGGAGGCUGCGGUUCGCCAGCAUUUCCAUGGCGGACCAGGAAUAUCCCGAAGCGGUACUGGUGACCGAGGCCGGGCCCCAGUGGCUCCGAGUCGAGGUGGAACGACUCUCCCGGGAGCUGCGAGAAACGACGCAGGAAAAGAUCCAGGCGGCGGAAUAUGGACUGGUGGUGCUGGAGGAGAAACAACAGCUCAAGCAGCGAUUUGAUGAGCUGGAAAGCGAGCAUGAGGCUGUCCGACAGGAGCUGGAUCAGCUCAAAGAGGCCUUCGGGCAAGUGCACUCAGCCCACAGGAAGGUGGCAGCAGACGGAGAGAGCAGGGAGGAAUCGUUGAUCCUGGAGUCGGCCAGUAAAGAGGCGCAGUACCAACAGAAGGUUCUGGAGAUGCAGAAUGACCUUCGCCAGGCCAAAGUCUCAAUUGCCAGUGUGCAAGCUGAGAAUGAGCGCCUGUCACACAUCGCUUUGGAAAUGAGAGAGACUUCUGACCAGGUGGAGCUGCAGCGCAGUCAGCUGCGCGAUGACAUUCGAGAGUAUAAGGUGCGGGAAGCCCGCCUGCUGCAGGAUUACAGUGAACUGGAAGAGGAGAACAUCUCUCUGCAGAAACAAGUAUCUGCGCUGAGACAGAACCAGGUGGAAUUUGAAGGCCUCAAGUAUGAGAUUCGCCGUCUAGAGGAGGACUCCCAGUGCCUAAACAGCCAGCUGGAGGAUGCUAUGCGGCUGAGGGAGAUCGCUGAGCGCCAGCUAACCGAGGCCUUAGAAACGAUUAAAACUGAACGCGAACAGAAGGCCACCCUGCGCAAGGAGCUCUCGCACUUCGUGACCAUCGGAGGCUCCGUGUACAAUGGCUUGUUUAAUAUCUCAUUUGAUAACCUUAAACUCCAUGACGAUCCCGCUGCAAUCUCCGAUCUGGACAACGAUGACCUGAUCCGAGGCUUUGAGAAUGGCUUGAUCAAGGCAGGUGAAGGUGACAAAGACAAUGACUCUGUGGCAGGGCAGAGAGGAGACUUCAAGCCUGCUCCGAGCCUGGUGGAUGACCUCCUGAGUGAGCUCAACAUCUCUGAGAUUCAGAAGCUGAAACAACAGCUUGGACAGGUGGAAAGGGAGAAAAUGGCUCUCAUCAACACUCUGCAGGAGAAUCAGAAGCAGCUUGAACAGGCCUAUGGGACAGUGUCUGAACAAAAGGAAACGGUUAACAGACUCACUGAAAACCUUAGCGCCAUGAGGAAGCUUCAGGCCAGCAAGGAGCGCCAGUCCGCCCUUGACGGUGAAAAAGAUCGAGACAGCCACGAAGACGGAGACUACUAUGAGCUGGACAUCAACGGGCCGGAGAUCCUAAAGUGUAAAUACACCGUGGCCGUGUCUGAAGCGGGCGAGCUGAGGCAGGAGCUCAAGACGCUUAGGGCACAGUACAAUAAUUGUCGAAGCCAGUACCAAGAUGAACGAGCAAGGCUGGAGUGUGACCUCCAUGAGCUCAGAUCAAGGUUGGCUUCCCUGGAGAAGAUUAGCCAAGCAGAUAAAAUGGAGAUGGCCCGUCUGGAGAAGGAGCUCCGUCUGGUCAGCGAGACGGCAAGUGAAUCACUCGGCAGCCUUAAUGUGGCCCAAGAUGAGCUUAUAGCAUUUAGUGAGGAGCUAGCAAAUCUCUACAACCAUGUUUGCAUGUGCAACAAUGAGACCCCCAACCGUGUCAUGUUGGACUACUACAAGGAGGGCAAAGCAUUGGUGAGGCGAGGGCAAGAAGCAAAAGUACGCCCGUUUUCUAUACUUCUCACUAACGGAGUCAUUCCCGAGGCUGACACUAAAAAGCCAGACUCGGUCGACACCGCGGUCGUCUCUGCCCCUGAGCCUCGCCCAGAGCCCAUGAACAUCUACAACCUGGUCGCCAUCAUCCGAGACCAGAUCCGCCACCUUCAGCAAGCGGUGGACCGUACCACAGAGCUGUCCCGCCAGAGGCUGGCCAACCUGGAGCUGAGCACCGUGGCAGAUAAGGACAAAGAGGCUUGCAUGGAGGAGAUCCUCAAAGUGAAGUCUCUGCUCAGCACCAAGAGAGAACAGAUCGCCACGCUCCGAGCUGUGCUCAAAGCCAACAAACAGACGGCUGAGGUCGCACUGGCCAACCUGAAGAGCAAAUACGAUAGUGAGAAGGUCAUGGUGACUGAGACCAUGAUGAAGCUCCGCAAUGAACUCAAGGUUUUAAAAGAAGACGCUGCCACCUUCUCCUCUCUCAGAGGCAUGUUCGCUUCAAGGUGCGACGAGUAUGUGACCCAGCUAGACGACAUGCAGAGGCAAUUGGCGGCAGCCGAGGAUGAGAAGAAGACGUUGAACUCUCUGUUACGAAUGGCCAUCCAGCAAAAAUUGGCCCUCACCCAGCGUCUGGAGGACCUGGAGUUUGACCAUGAGCAAGCGCGCCGCAACACUACCACAUUGGCGGCGGGGAAGAGCAAGACUAAGGGCAAGGGAGCCCCAUCCAGUCAUCACUAAAUCUCUCGUCAAGUGUCCUUGAGGAGUUUGAUCAGUGUGCAGUUUCCAGACACCUGUUCUCCUGGUGUCUAAUGGCGUUCCAAAUCAUGCAUACACCGGAUCAUGCACAACAAGGGCCUUGUUUUAAAGUGCCAAAACUUUGUUUUGUAAACUGUUACAUGCCGCAUCAGCAGUCUCUACAGUCCUUCAGUCUUCCAAGAAUGGAAGCCACUACGAUGAAUCAAUGGAAGAGUCACCAUUAAUAAUUAUUUGAUUAUUUGCUGCCUGUGUGUGUGCGUGUUACCCCGACUGAGCACUUUGCAUUUUACGUUGUCGCUUUAUUUCUAAGCUAACUGUUUUUCACUUUUCUAAUAUUAUGAAAUAUUUUUACAAAAAGUGCAUUUUUAUGUGCCAGGGUCAUCAUUUCUAAGUUACUCACCGACUUUUGUUAUUUGUAUUUAUUUUAUAACAAGAAGUUACAUCUUCACAAACCUGAAUUUUCAAUCCAUUGUUUGAAAUAGAGAUGAAACAAUAGGCAAUUGCUGUUAGAUACCUUAACAGGAACAAAAUAAUAUUUUCCAGUAUAAUAAUGAACUACAUAAUUUAGAGUAAAUUAUCUCUGUAACCAUGGCAGAGCAAAUUAUGCUCGUCAUCAGUAAGGAAGAGUAUUAAUGCAACAUUGUAUUUAAGGCUGCCUAAGUUAAAGUCAGAUGUUAAUAGUAUUCACUUUAUUCACAAAAGAGUAUGUCAUACAUUUGUGUUAUACUGUGUGCGACUUUGAAAAAGCUUUUCCUUUAAAAAGUUCACCUCCGGUGCCAUUUCGUGUGAUGGUGUAAGUGCAAUUUUUAAGAUUGGAUAACUCCUACCCUUGGUCAUGCCAAGUGAAACUAUGUUACAUGGUGUUUCUCGCUUUUUCCUACUGUAGCUAUAUUUCAUUAUAGUUACAGUUAUUGUUCAGUUGUGUUGAACAGUGGUGGAUGGUCAAAAUUUCACAAAGGCUUGUGGUAAAACACUAGCAAAAGUCAUCAUGACUGCAGAACUGUCAGUGCUAACAGUUGUGACUUGUAAACAAAUAAAAUGAUCUAACUCCCACAGUUCUGAUUAUUUGU